GACCGCGCGCUUGCUCGCUCGCGCCUGCUCGCCCGCCCGCCCGCCCGCUCGCGCUUUCUCGCUCGCUAUCUCUCCCUCCUCCCUCACGUACCGCGGGGGCUCCGGCCACAAGCGGCGGCGGCUGAGCAGGAGACAACCGCGACGGCGGCGGUGGCAGCAGCAGUAGCGGCGGCGGCGGCGGCAGCGGCGAGAAGAUGUCGGGCGAGGACGAGCAGCAGGAACAGACGAUCGCCGAGGACCUGGUGGUGACCAAGUACAAGAUGGGGGGCGACAUCGCCAACCGAGUCCUGAGGCUGGUGGUGGAGGCAUCAACCUCAGGGGCAUCAGUGCUGGGUCUGUGUGAGAAGGGCGAUGCCAUGAUUAUGGAGGAGACAGGAAAGAUCUUCAAGAAGGAAAAGGAGAUGAAGAAAGGUAUUGCCUUCCCUACAAGCAUCUCGGUAAAUAACUGUGUCUGUCACUUCUCCCCCUUGAAGAGCGACCAGGACUACAUCCUCAAGGAGGGUGACUUAGUAAAAAUUGACCUAGGAGUCCAUGUGGAUGGUUUCAUUGCAAAUGUGGCCCACAGUUUCGUGGUUAAUGCAUCUAAGGGCACCCCCGUGACAGGGAGAAAAGCAGAUGUGAUUAAGGCAGCUCACCUGUGUGCUGAGGCAGCCCUGCGCCUGGUCAAGCCUGGAAACCAGAACACACAAGUUACAGAUGCCUGGAACAAAGUUGCCCAUUCAUUUAACUGCACACCAAUAGAAGGUAUGUUGUCUCACCAAUUGAAGCAACAUGUCAUCGAUGGAGAAAAAACCAUCAUUCAAAACCCCACAGACCAGCAGAAGAAGGACCAUGAAAAAGCAGAGUUUGAAGUCCAUGAAGUCUAUGCCGUGGAUGUUCUUGUGAGCUCAGGAGAGGGCAAGGCCAAGGACGCAGGACAGAGAACUACCAUCUAUAAGCGAGAUCCUUCAAAACAGUAUGGCCUGAAAAUGAAAACUUCCCGUGCCUUUUUUAGCGAGGUGGAGAGGCGAUUCGACGCCAUGCCAUUCACUCUCAGGGCAUUUGAGGAUGAAAAGAAAGCUCGGAUGGGUGUGGUGGAAUGCGCUAAACAUGAGCUACUACAACCAUUCAAUGUUCUGUAUGAGAAGGAAGGUGAGUUUGUUGCCCAGUUCAAAUUCACAGUGCUGCUCAUGCCUAAUGGCCCCAUGCGAAUAACCAGUGGUCCCUUUGAACCUGAGCUGUACAAGUCUGAGCUCGAGGUCCAGGAUGCAGAGCUAAAGGCACUCCUUCAGAGUUCAGCCAGUCGGAAGACCCAGAAAAAGAAAAAAAAGAAGGCCUCCAAGACUGCAGAGAACGCCACCACUGGGGAAACAGCGGAAGAGAAUGAAGCAGGGGACUGAGUUGGUUUCCAUCUCCCUAGCCCAGUACUCCUCCCUAUUUCCCCUCCUAUUACAUCCUGGGCUCCACAAAGAGCGGUUCAUCUUUUCCACCCAGGACCGCUGGCAGAGUGGGGAACCUCUCCCCUGAUCCCAAUCCCUACAAACAACCCUCCUUCCAAUGACUACCAGCUCCGACUGACUCUGGCCUUGGGAGGCUAGGGCUCCUGGCCAUCGCAGACUACUUUAAACAGAAAAAAGAAAUUGAAUAAUAAAAUCAGGAGUCAAAACCUGUCUUCAAGCCCCUCUUUCUACCUUUUUGUAUUUCUCUCUGCUUGGUCAAGGUUGAUGGCCCAGCUCUACAGGGAGAGGCAGAUGGCCGAUCUAGCUUAUGCACCGCCACCACCUCCCCUGGAAGUUUUUUACUCUCCUCUUUCCUAGUGGUCAAUAUCUAUUUGGGGUGCCAGCCCCAUUCUGCCUCUUCGAGUCUCUGUCUUGCCUCAAAAUGGGGUUGGGGAGGUAUCUUCCUCCAUUUCUCAUUUUGAUUCUUAUGUAGCAGAAUCCUUUUCAGAACCAAGCUGUCUGGCCAGGCCCCUCCCGUUUUGUAGGAGCUGGAGCCUGUAAUUCUGGGAUUCUCUUCUGUUGUAUGGAUCCUCUUGUUUAAAUUUUUAGUUUUUACAAGGAUAGGAUCCACUUGUUUUCUCACAGAACUAUAAAGAAAUGGCCCUUCCCAACUCAACCUUGUUCCUGGAAUUGCCUGUAGUUCCAAUCUAGAGCUGAAAGCCCCAUCUGCCAAUGUGGUUCCUGUGUGUGGUGCUCUACCGUCCCUCUUCUGAGAGGGCAGGAGUCAGGGGAGCAGAUUGACUCUUAAGGAGGGGCUCCUCCUUUCUGAAGCUGUUGACUUGGAUUGUACAGAUUCUUGGGGCUUUGUGGGUUGUUGUGGGAGGGGCAGUUAGUAAGUGGGGUCUUGGGGAGCUGGGGCUCCCACUAAGUCCUGGGGUUUUUAAACGCACAGAGAUUGCGUCAAUAAAACAAAUUGGAUUUGCUGAUGAUUUUCUGAUGUGCCAUUUGUAAUGCUGCUCAUUUGGUGAUGGGUGGGGGGGGGUGUCUUGGUAGAAGAUAUGUCUUGGAUAAGCAACUUCCAGUAAACUGGAACAGGUUCCCUAGGAUAUGAUAGCUCCCCACUAUAUCCUAAUAUGAGGGCCAUUUAUUCCAUCUUAAGUUAUAUUCUGUCCUCCUUGGGAGCAAUGAAAGGAUAAUAAAAAUCCCACUAAUUUCUCUGGAUUAGAAUUUUUAAGACUUGUCUGUAGGAAGUGGGAGAUUUAUGGUUGUUUAAUUUUUCUGGAGUGGAAAUGUACCUCUUUCGAGUCCAUUUGUUCAGAAAUAAUAGGAUACCCCAUCCCCCCCAGGAAUGUUCUGUUAUUUUUUAAAAAUAAAAUUGAUAAGUAAUA